AUGCCAGGUCCCGGGUUCUCCUCAGGCGAAGCUUUCGAGGAUCAGGAUGAUGCAACUUUGUCGACGCCGACUCACACUCUGGUACACAACGCUACCCCGGGAGGAACUUAUCAUACCGCAUGGGACGUUCAGUCGGCGCUGACGGACGCGGAGCUCGCCAGGGUAGAGGAGGAAAGGGAGAUAAUGCCAGGCACGUUUCCAGACGGUUCCUCCCUUCUCGCAUUCUUGGCUGGCUUGCAGCAGAGGUCCCCGGACACGACGUCGUGGAGCACAUCCUCAUCCCACUCGUGGCACACGGCACGGGAGGCCAAGGCCAACUUGAGUCAGGCACUGCUGAUCAGCAUCAACUACGACCGCAUGCCAUACAACGAGGAGUACGUGCCGCUGUCGCGCUCGCGCCAGGACACGAAAGAUCUUCGGGAUCUGCUCAUAUCGACAUACGGCUAUGACCCCGAGAAUAUUGUAAUGAUGUUGGACGAGGACGGGAUCGCGCCGAACCUCGAGCCGACGCGGGCGAACAUCCUGGACCAGAUACGCAAGAUGGUGGCCAACGCACGGGCGGGGAGUCGAUAUGUGUUCUUCUUCUCCGGCUAUUCUGGUCAAGUUGCGACUGGGCAACCGGAAGAGGAAGAUUCGUUCGACGAGUCCCUCGUCCUCAUUGAUCACAGGAAGCACAUCGGCGUCGACGAGAAGACCACGAACGAGCGCAUAUUAUUAGACACGAUCUUCGACUCGUACCAGUCGGGGACGAUGUUGGACCUGGACCACUACCUCUGCAAUUCCAUCUACAGUAUGAGCCAGUCGGACGUCCGUACUGUCACUGGGAAGCUCUCGCAGUCCGAUAACGACCACGGCGACGCGGCCCGAGAGGACUCUACCUGGGGCGCGCGUAUUUACCGGCGCAGGCGGCGCGUCUCCGAAGACGAAGUCGGGGUGCGCGGCGGCCGGUCGUCUCUCGGGGACGUCGCGGAGAGUCCGUCAACAGCCUCUCUGGUCACGUCCACUCUCAUCGACGAAGAAGAGAUCGACCGCAGGUGCUCGUCCCCACAUCGUUGA